GAGCGCUUCCUUCGUCACGUUGGCUGGGGAAGCGACCAAGGGAUCGGAGGAUUCGGAGAGGAACCGGGAAUCAAAGCACAGCUGACGAACCUCAUUCGAUCCGUACGGACCGUGAUGAGAGUGCCACUGAUAGCCGUGAACUCCGUGACAAUUGUGCUCCUCCUCUUGUUCGGCUGAAGAUUCCUGUGGCAAAAUCUUAUGGACAUCCAAAGAAGCAAAUUGCUAGCCUCAUUGCUCUGAGUUUUCCGGGGAUACAGCACGGUUUAACUGUCAGUUUGCCGUUCAACUUAAAAUAAUAAAAGACACUGUUUGUAUUUAUCCUA